GUCCCGCAUUCCCGUACAAGCCUCGCCGUCUGAUCCCACAUCCUUGCACCACAUAUCACAGCCAUGACUACCGAAGCUCGUUCUGCGCAGAACAGGACACAGCUGAUUGCGCAUUUUGAUGAUUACAAAACCCGCGAUGCGCAAAGCGACGGGUGGACCAAACUCUGGGAGAAAGACGAAGCGCACCUGUGGGAUCGCGGUAGACCUUCACCUGCAUUGCAGUCGUUCCUAGAGACGCAUUCGUACCGUGAGACGCUGUUCCGGGAGGGGGAGAAGCGACCACUCAAGGCUUUUGUCCCUGGCUGCGGUAAAGGCCACGAUGUCGCUCUACUAGCACGCUUCGGCUAUCAAGUAUGGGGCCUGGAAGUCUCGCAAACGGCAGUCGAUACCGCGAAUGAAAACAUCAAGGCUCAGCUGAACGGUUCCACUUCCCAUGGUACUGCAGAAGUUGUUCUCGGGGACUUUUUCCAAAAGGGGUACGAGGACCGAUUUGGGCCAGACUUCCAGGGUUUUGAUCUCAUCUAUGACUACACGUUUCUCUGUGCUUUGCUGCCUGGGAUGCGCAAAGACUGGGCUGAGCGGAUCAAGAGCCUUUUGGCGCCGGCGGGCGUGCUUGUGUGUCUCGAGUUUCCCAUGUGGAAGCCUCUCAAAGCACAGGGUCCGCCCUGGGGUCUCAAUGGCGUGCACUGGAAUUUGCUCGCUGAUGGUGGAGAUGGCACAGUCGAUGAGUCUGGGAAGCUUGUAAGUGGUGGGAAAGACCAGGGCAGCUUUGAACGAGUCGUAUACUGGAGCCCACCUGAGUCGUUUGAGCAGAGCCGUGGUGAAGACAUGAUUAGUGUGUGGAAGCUGAAGUAGUAGAUUGUUGGUGAUUGAAUGAAUUGUAGAUGUAUCAAGCUGCUAGAUAUAUGUGCGUACUUGUAAGAAAGAAUUUACGAGUGCUGCUUGACUAUUCUACAUUGCAGAAGGUUUGCCUAGAUUCAUAGAAAGAAUCUAUAGAACAUCUAGAACCGUAAAAAACAGUCACUGAGGGUUA